AUGAGGUCGGCGCUCCUCCUCCUUCUGGCCCUGGCCGUGAUGGCCACGGGCGCGCAGGCGUCGCACUUCCGGCACGGCAAGAUCAAGUACGAAGUCACAGGCGGCACCACGACUGUCACCGUCGACCACGCCUGGCGCGACGGGGCGACGAACUACCCGCGGUUGUAUGGCUGUGGCGUGUCGAACAUGGGCGCGAACUCGAACACCUUCGUGGGGGAGUUUGCCGACGCAGGCGGACUGAAGUACGACGUGACGCAGUCCACGUACAUCAUCAACACGCCAUCUUCGGCUUGCGAGAUCCACUUCAGAAGCUGCUGCCGCAUCGGCGGGCUGGAGUCUGGGAGCAACGCGUACUUCAGGGUGGCGGCGACCAUCGACCCCAGCGAGCCGAACGGCAUGACGUUUGGCGGGCAGGCCAUCCAGCCCAUCCCGAUUGGCGCUACUGCCACGACGUUCUUCCCGCUCGCGUCCCCUCCGUCCGGGGGCUUCGUUUGCCGCAAGGCGACGAACAGCGAGCAGGGCUUCACCCACGAACCGUUCGGCAACUCGUUCACCGUCUCGACCGCUGCCGGCGGCUGUGUCCUCCAGGGCAACACGGUGGGCAAGCAGAACAAGAAGUUCGCGUACCAGAUCGUCGCGGAGGAGGUCGGCGGGCCGCAGAAGACUGCCGUGGACGUCAUCGUCGAGGUCAACCCCGCCAGCGCCAUCCCGGCGCCCGUGGUGACGGGCUCUGCCAGCGUCACGUGCACGCCGGGCACUGCAUGCACGCAGGUGUGCCUGACGGGCACCAUUCCUGGUACGUACGCUCCGGGCUGGGACCUGCUGGUGACGGCCGCCGCGCCGCUGCCCGUGGCGGGCAUGACGCUCACGCCCCUGAGCUCCACGACGGGCACCUUGACGCCGUGCUUCGACUGGACGCCCGGGCUGUCGGAUGCCGGCACGAGCUACGCCAUCACGGUGGUCUUCCGCAACAGCGCCGGCGCGAGCGCGGCGGGGUCGAUCAGCAUCAUCGUGCGCAACGACCUUUGCCCCAACGACCCGAACAAGAAUGCGCCGGGCGUGUGCGGGUGCGGCGUGGCGGACACGGACUCGGACGGCGACGGGACGGAGGACUGCAACGACCAGUGCCCCGCGGACGCGGGCAAGGUGGCGCCGGGCGUGUGCGGGUGCGGCGUGGCGGACACGGACUCGGACGGCGACGGGACGGAGGACUGCAACGACCAGUGCCCCAACGACCCGAACAAGAUCGCGCCGGGCGUGUGCGGGUGCGGCGUGGCGGACACGGACUCGGACGGCGACGGGACCUGCAACUGCAACGACCAGUGCCCCAACGACCCGAACAAGAUCGCGCCGGGCGUGUGCGGGUGCGGCGUGGCGGACACGGACUCGGACGGCGACGGGACGGAGGACUGCAACGACCAGUGCCCUGCGGACGCGGGCAAGAUCGCGCCGGGCGUGUGCGGGUGCGGCGUGGCGGACACGGACUCGGACGGCGACGGGACGGAGGACUGCAACGACCAGUGCCCUGCGGACGCGGGCAAGAUGCGCCGGGUGGCGCCGGGCGUGUGCGGGUGCGGCGUGGCGGACACGGACUCGGACGGCGACGGGACGGAGGACUGCAACGACCAGUGCCCCGCGGACGCGGGCAAGAUCGCGCCGGGCGUGUGCGGGUGCGGCGUGCCUGACUCGGACGACGACGGCGACGGUCUGCUGCUCUGUCUCGACAACUGCCUCGGUACUGCUGCUGACGAGGUGGUGUUCCCGGCGGGCCCCAACGCGGGCUGCUCGGCGUUCGACCUGUGUCCUUGCGCACCUGCUGAGCCCUGGAAGAACCACGGCAAGUACGUGACGUGUGUGGUCUUCCACGUGCACGACCUGAUCAAUGACGGCAUCAUCAACGAGCAGGAGGGCGACGACAUCAUCAGCACCGCCGCGCAGACGGACUGCGGCAAGGGCAACAACGGCAACGGAAACGGAAACAACGGCAAGGGCAAGGGCAACGGCAAGGGCAAGCUGAGCAUGUCGCGCAAGUUGGGCGCAUAG